AAUACAUUAUGUGGAACACAAGAAAAUAUUGCAUGAAAAUGUAAAAAGAUAGCAUUACCAAAUUCAGAAAAAUUGUGAAAUAGCUGGACAUCACUGGGAAGGAAAAGAUCUCUUGGAUAGCCAAAGGCAUUGAUAAAAGGAAGGAAAGGGUGUCUUGAAUCAAAGCACCACCAAAUAAGGGAUCAGAAAUAUUUUUUGCACCCCAAAGUGUCAAACCCCCAAAGGCAGCCUAUUGUGGGAAAAACACAGCUUGCAGAUCAUAGUUAAAUUAUUCACAGGAGGAUCCAUCCCUUGGAAACCCUUACAAAUGCUUGGAGUGCGGUAAAAGCUUUACUCAGAAUAGGGUUCCCAUGACUCAUGGAACAACCGAGGCAAGAGGAACAGCUCUACCAAUGCUCCCAAUGUGGCAAAAGGUUUAGCUUGCAAACUAAUCUGGUAAGACACAACAGGACUCACAUUGUGGAGAAAAUAUUUCAAUGUCCUGAUUGUGUGAAAAGUUUUACUUGGAAUUCUGACCUGGUUAUACACCAGCGAGAGAAAACAUAUGAGUGUCCAGAUUGUGGGAAAAUGUUCAGUGACAAUUCCAUCCUGCUGAUACACAAGAGGACUCACAAAGGAGAGAAACCAUAUGAAUGCCAAGAUUGUGGGAAAAGUUUCAGUUGGAAUUCUCUCCUGGUAGAACAUCACAGAACUCAUACCGGAGAGAAGCCAUAUGAGUGUCCUGAUUGUGGGAAAGAUUUCUCUCGGAAAUCUGACCUGGUGAAACACCAAAGGAUACACACGGGAGAGAAACCAUAUGAGUGUUCAGAUUGUGGAAAAGGUUUCAAGGGGAAUUCUGACCUGGUGAUACACCAAAGGAUUCACACAGGUGAAAAACCAUAUGAGUGUCUGCAGUGUGGGAAAAGAUUCAUUCAAAAUUUCCACCUUGUGCGACAUCACAGGAUUCAUACAGGAGAGAAACCAUAUAAGUGUCCAACUUGUGGGAAAAGGUUCAGUCAGAAUUCUGACCUGGUGAUACACCAGAGGACUCACACACAAGAGAAACCAUAUGAGUGUUCGAAUUGUGGGAAAGGUUUCAGUAGCAAUUCUGACAUGGUGAAACAUCAGAGGACUCACACAGGAGCAAAACCAUAUAAAUGUCAUUGUGGGAAGAGUUUCAGUCAGAAUUCCUACCUGGUGAAACACCAGAGGACUCACACAGGAGAGAAACCAUAUAAAUGUCAUGAUUGUGGAAAAUGUUUCAGUCAGAAUUCCUUCCUGGUGAAACACCAGAGGACUCACACAGAAAAGAAAGUGUACGAGUGUUCAGAAUGUGGGGAAAGUUUCAGUUGCAAGUCUGAACUAGUGAAGCACCAGAAGACUCACAGAGGAGAUAGAUUGUAUGAGUGUCCAGAUUGUGGAAAAAGUUUCACUCAAAAUUCCAAGCUGUUGAGACACCGGAGAACUCACACGGGAGAAAAACCAUAUGAGUGUUUGUAUUGUGGGAAAAGUUUCAGUCAGAAUUCCAACCUGGUGAUGCAUCAGAAAACUCACACAGGAGAAAAACCAUAUCAGUGUCCUGAUUGUGGGAAAAGUUUCAGUCAGAAUUCCUACCUGGUGAUACACCAGACAACUCACACAGGAGAAAAACCAUAUCAGUGUCCCGAUUGUGGGACAAAAUUCUGUCAUAAUUCCUACUUGGUGAAACACCAGAGGACUCAUGCAGAAGAGAAACCGUAUGAGUGUCUUGAAUGUGGGAAAAGUUUUACUUGGAAUUCCCAUUUGGUGAUACACCAAAGGACUCACACAGGAGAGAAACCAUAUGAAUGUCCGGAUUGUGGGAAAGAUUUCAGUAGUAAGUCUAACCUUAUAAAUCAUGUAAGGUUACACACUGGUGAGAAACACUUUGAAUGCACUAAUUGUGGGAAAAGUUUCACUCGGAAUUCUCACCUGGUGAUACACCAGAGGACUCACACAGGAGAGAAACCUUAUAAGUGUCGUGAUUGUGGGAAAAGUUUCUCUCGGAAUUACAACCUGGUGCUACACCAGAGAACUCACAGAGAAGAAAAACCAUAUCAGUGUUCAGGUUGUGGGAAAAGUUUCAGUCAGAAUUCCUACCUGUUGAAACACCAGAAGACUCACACAGGAGAGAAACCCUUUGAAUGUCCUGACUGUGGGAAAAGUUUCAGAGAGAAUUCUUAUCUGUUGAAACACCAGAGAACUCACACAGGAGAGAAACCAUAUAAAUGUCAUUGUGGGAAAAGUUUCAGUCGGAAUUCCAACCUGGUGAAACACCAGUGGACUCACAUGGGAGAGAAACCAUAUAAGUGUUGUGAUUGUGGGAAAGGUUUUUCUCGGAAUUUCAACUUAGUGAUACACCAGAGAAUUCACACAGGAGAAAAACCAUAUGAGUGUCUGUUUUGUGGGAAAAAUUGUGGGAAAAGUUUCACUAGGAAUUCCAAGUUGGUGAUACACCAGAGAACUCACACGGGAGAGAAACCAUAUGACUGUAUAUAUUGUGGGAAAAGUUUCAGUCAGAAUUCCAACCUGGUGAUACACCAGAGAACUCACACAGGAGAAAAACCAUAUCAGUGUUCAGAUUGUGGGGAAAGUUUCAGUCAGAAUUCCUACUUGGUGAAACACCAGAGGAUUCACACAGGAGAAAAACCAUAUAAGUGUGUGGAAUGUGGGAAAUGUUUCAUUCAGAAUUUGGACUUUGUGAUACAUCAGAGGACGCACACAGGAGAAAAACCAUACGAAUGUCUGUUUUGUGGGAAAUUUUUCAUUCGGAAUUCCUACCUGUUUAAACACCAGAGAACUCACACAGAAGGAAAACCAUAUCAGUGCUCAGAUUGUGGGGAAAGGUUCAGUCACAAUUCCUAUCUGAUGAAACACCAGAUAAUUCACACAGAAGAAAAACCAUACGAAUGUCUUGAGUGUGGGAAAAGUUUCAUAAGGAAUUCCAGUUUGGUGAUACACUGGAGGACUCACACAGGAGAGAAACCGUAUGAGUGUCCGGAUUGUGGGAAAGAUUUCAGUAGUAGGUCUAGUCUUAUAAAUCAUGUAAGGUUACACAUAGGGGAGAAACCAUUCAAGUGUCCAGAUUGCGGAAAGUGUUUCACACGGAAUUCCUCACUUAUCAAACACAAGAAAUUCCACAUGAGGCAAAAUCCGAUGUGUGUAGAGGACUCUUGAACUUUGUUUCUCGUCUCUCAUUGGAUGGCCAGCUGAGAUACUAAUUGUUUAAUUUCUUUCCUUUUUAGCCAAAUGUGUCUUAGUAUCAAACAUGAGUGAGGAGAUCUGAACUUCCUUUCCCUGGUCCAGUACGGUCAUUUUCUUUCACAGAGUAGAUUGGUAAAGGAGAUUGCAUCUCUAUUAGGUAUGCUUGUUGCUUUGAGUUAUUUCUACAUAUAAUAAAGGUGGAUAUAAAUAUUAAUGCUUGUAU